GUUUCUCUCUUGUUCUUCCCUUCGACUCAAAAGAUCGCCGGAAAUCGAGGGACGGAUUUCCUGAUCUUUUAGUUUCUUUUCCUUAUUUACUCUACGAUUAUAUGAAACGUUAUUUUCAUCAUCGUUGUGUUCCAUGAAUUUUUGUUGAAACAGAAGGAAAUUCGAUAGGGGACAACGAUUUUGUUCUAGGAAUUUAUCUGGGUUUUUACCGGCCGAUCAGCUAUGUUGUCGUUACAGAGCGAUCCAAGGCAAGUUCAACAGCUACAGCAACAGCAACAGCAGACUGCUAGGGUUUCUUAUAAUAAUGGUGAUCAUCAGCGGGAAUCUUCGUAUCUUUUGUCAACUGAAACUGCUCCGACAUCGUCGAAUGCUACUCUUAAACUAUCGCAAGGACUGGAGUCUCGUGAAGCUACCGAAGACAUGCUCAUGUCCGUUGCUCAUCAGAGUUACAAGACUGGCGAUUUUAGACAGGCUUUGGAUCAUAGCAAGGCUGUUUAUGACAGAAACCCAAUGCGAUUAGAUAAUCUACUUCUCCUGGGUGCAAUUUAUUACCAGUUGCAUGAUUUUGAUAUGUGCAUUGCAAAGAAUGAAGAGGCUCUAUGUAUUGAUCGAAAUUUUGCCGAGUGCUAUGGGAAUAUGGCAAAUGCAUGGAAGGAAAAGGGCAAUAUUGAUGUUGCUAUCCGUUACUAUUUAGUUGCCAUUGAGCUUCGUCCAAAUUUUGCUGAUGCGUGGUCGAACUUGGGAAAUGCGUACAUGCGAAAAGGAAGGCUUUCUGAAGCUGCUCAAUGCUGUCGCCAGGCUCUUUCAUUGAAUCCCCAUUUGGUUGAUGCACACAGUAACCUUGGGAACUUGAUGAAAGCUCAAGGAUUGAUGCAAGAAGCAUACAGUUGCUACUUGGAGGCGCUCCAUAUACAACCAACUUUUGCCAUUGCCUGGUCCAACCUUGCUGGCCUUUUCAUGGAGUCGGGCGAUCUUAGUAGGGCACUCCAAUAUUACAAGGAGGCUGUCAAGCUCAAACCAACGUUUUCUGAUGCCUAUCUGAACUUGGGGAACGUAUACAAGGCUUUGGGAAUGGCUGCUGAAGCUAUUGUUUGUUAUCAACGAGCUCUUCAGUCCAAACCAGAUUAUGCUAUGGCUUUUGGGAAUCUAGCUAGCAUAUUUUAUGAGCAAGGUAGCCUGGAGAUGGCAAUUAACCACUAUAAACAGGCAAUUGCUUGUGAUGCUGGGUUUUUGGAGGCAUAUAACAAUCUGGGAAAUGCACUCAAGGAUGCUGGCAAAGUUGAGGAAGCCAUUCAUUGUUAUCGUCAAUGCCUUUCUCUCCAACCUAGCCAUCCCCAGGCCCUCACUAACCUUGGGAAUAUAUACAUGGAAUGGAACAUGAUGACUGCUGCUGUUCAAUGUUACAAGGCAACUUUAUCUGUAACCACAGGAUUAUCUGCUCCUUUUAACAACCUUGCAAUAAUAUACAAGCAGCAGGGUAAUUAUGCUGAUGCGAUAUCUUGCUACAAUGAAGUUCUUCGGAUUGAUCCUCUUGCGGCUGAUGGUCUUGUUAAUCGCGGAAACACUUACAAAGAGAUUGGGAGGGUGAAUGAAGCAGUUCAAGAUUAUUCACGGGCUAUUGUUAUCCGCCCAAACAUGGCAGAAGCUCAUGCAAAUCUGGCUUCAGCUUACAAGGACAGUGGGAAUGUGGAAGCAGCUAUUAAAAGCUACAGACAAGCGUUGGCUAUACGCCCUGAUUUUCCUGAAGCCACUUGUAAUCUGCUACACACUUUACAGUGUGUGUGUGACUGGGAUGACAGAACGAGGAUGUUUGUUGAAGUAGACGGUGUACUUCGAAGGCAAAUUAAGACAUCGGUCAUUCCGAGUGUGCAGCCAUUCCAUGCGAUUGCCUACCCUCUUGAUCCUGUUCUUGCCCUUGAAAUCAGCCGAAAGUAUGCCUCACACUGUUCUGUCAUAGCAAGUCGUUUUUCUCUUCCUGCUUUCAAUCAUCCUUUGCCAUUGCCGAUAAAGGUUUCAGGGGGUAACAAGCGGCUAAAAAUUGGAUAUGUCAGUAGUGAUUUUGGAAACCACCCUCUGUCCCAUCUGAUGGGAUCAGUAUUUGGCAUGCAUAACAGGGAAAAUAUUGAGGUGUUCUGCUAUGCUUUGAGUCCAAAUGAUGGUAGUGAAUGGCGGAUCCGUAUUCAAUCAGAAGCAGAGCACUUUAAAGAUGUGUCGGCGAUGACGUCGGAUAUGAUUGCAAGGCUGAUAAAUGAGGAUCAGAUACAAAUACUUGUCAACCUCAAUGGUUAUACCAAGGGGGCUAGGAAUGAAAUCUUUGCCAUGCAACCCGCUCCGAUCCAGGUCUCAUAUAUGGGAUUUCCUGGGACAACUGGGGCAAACUACAUACAAUAUCUGGUCACUGAUGAGUUUGUCUCCCCAUUUAAGCUCGUGCAUAUUUAUUCCGAGAAACUUGUGCAUCUUCCGCAUUGUUACUUUGUGAACGACUAUAAGCAGAAAAAUCUUGAUGUACUUGAUCCAAACUGUCAACCAAAGCGGUCUGCGUACGGGUUGCCAGACGACAAGUUCAUAUUUGCUUGUUUCAAUCAGCUUUAUAAGAUGGACCCUGAAAUUUUUAUGCAUUGGUGCAAUAUUCUGAAGCGUGUUCCGAAUAGUGCACUUUGGCUUCUCAGAUUCCCAGCUGCUGGUGAAAUGAGACUUCGUGCCUAUGCUGCUGCGCAGGGUGUGAAAUCCGACCAGAUUAUUUUCACUGAUGUUGCUAUGAAGAAUGAACACAUUAGACGCAGUUCUUUGGCCGAUCUUUGCCUUGACACGCCGCUAUGCAAUGCACAUACGACAGGAACAGAUGUACUGUGGGCUGGUCUUCCCAUGGUGACCCUUCCCCUUGAGAAAAUGGCUACUAGAGUUGCUGGUUCCCUGUGUCUAGCCACCGGAGUUGGUGAGGAAAUGAUCGCCAACAGCAUGAAAGAGUAUGAAGAAAGGGCGGUAUCUCUAGCUCUAAAUCCCUCGAAGCUCCAAGAUCUAACGAAAAGACUCAAGUCAGCCCGCCUCACCUGUCCUCUAUUUGAUACAUCCCGUUGGGUGACAAAUCUAGAACGAUCAUACAUGAAGAUGUGGAAUCUGCACUGCGAUGGUCGACAACCCCACCACUUCAAAGUCAAGGAAAACGAUUCUGAUUAUCCCUAUGAUCGUUAGUUAACUGGUUUAUAGAAUGUAUUCGGGAAUAUAUGGAUAUGUGGUUUGCAUAGACUCAACUUUCAAAUCAAAGUUUAUUUCAAACAAAAUUGAACUCA